AACUCUAACUUCUUUAUUUCAAUUUCUUGUGCAAAUUAGCUAUAGUUAAUUCUUGUUGUUGUAUAGUUUAUCGUAAGUUUAAUGCUCUUAUAAAUUGUAAUCUUAUUUUGCCCUUGUUUUUGAAUUUCUUGAAAUCUUUUCUAGUUGUUAUCAGUUUCAGUAGUUCAGUCAUUGCGUUUUUCGUCUUUUCAUUUAUCUGUGUGUCAAGUGGAAGUAAUUACUCAAUUCACAGUAAAAAUUGAUUAUUGUAUCAUCGUUUAGUCAUAUGCUUCUGGGCUGAUAUCGGGAGAGGCAAAAGUUUGUGCUUUUGGUAUAUUUCAGUCAUAAAUAAUGGUUAUACUUAUACUUUUUACACCUGUUACUCCCUCUGUUUCAAAUCAUAAGGCAUUUUAGCUAGAAGAAUUUGUUUCAAAAUAUAAGACAUUCUACAAUACCAAUGUAAGAUUAAAUGUAAUUUUUUAUUAUCAAGAUAAGCUUAUAGAUUAUUUGGUAUUAUCAAUACAAUAUUUAAUGUCAAUUCUUAUUACCCAUGCAAAUCUAACUAAAAUUAACUAAAUUCUUAAUCUAUGUGCAAAAACCUUAAACGACUUAUAUUUUGAAACGGAGGGAGUAAUGUUUUUAGUUUUGUAUAUGUGAAACUUAUAAAAAGUAUAAGUAUUAAUAAAAUAUCAUGUUGAAACGUAUCUAACAAGAUUAUGUUUUUAUUUACAUUUAGAUACAUGUACAAUAGUUAGACUUAAAGUAAAAUUCGUGAAUGGUGAAAAAUGUCAAUAUAUAACAAUUAAAAAUAUGAAGGUAGUACGUUGACGAGUGUCGGAAUGUGCAAGAGAAUAUGGCUAUUAUGUGUUUGGUAUUGGAUGCUACCGUAUCAUUUAUAUAAGUGACAGUCACAUGAACUUUUUGGGGAUGUUUUAGAGUUGAACUUCCUAACAAGCUCCCACCUAUAUUGAGAAAUGUGGAGAGAGUGAGAGUGACUUGAGCUAAAAUAUGCCAGAUUCUUACUUUCCGGGAGCUAGAAUAAUGUGGCAGCCCAUUAAAGAUGGAGUACAACGGUUUGCGUCGGGUUGUCUUCGUCGAAGUUAUGUAAUCUAUGCUGCCUUGAUUAUGUGCUCGAAGAAUUGUGUCCUUACACAUUCUCGACAAUUUACAAAAUAUUAAUACGAAUGCAUUAUAGAGAUAAUUAAUUAUAUUAGUUUAGUAAUGACUACUUGCUAGAGAAUGAACAGUAACUAGUGGAACAAUAUUGAUUGAGCUUGCAACUAAGCUAAAAUAUAAUCCUAUUAGGUUACACUUUGUAGCAACCAAUUAAACAAAGCAAAACAAGCCCAUUACGGGCUCUAAGGUGGCCAACCACAUGGAGUGUUUUAGGUUUAAAAUUGGUUUCUCAUUAAACUUAUUCUCCUACUAUUAUGAAGGGUUAUUAUAAUAGGUUAAUGAGACACAAGUUAAUAAGUAAUUUUAAAAUACAAAUGAAAGAAAAAAAAAAAACUCAGCCCUGAUAAGAUCGCCUCAUCCCCCUAAAAAGUAAGAGAGUGAGCUGUUCAUCGUCUUCCGCUCUAGCAGACGCAGGGUUCAAUUGGGUGCUCGUGGAUUGAAUAGAGGAGUAACACUUGGUGGUCUUGGCUCUCUAAUCUAUCAUACAAUGUGGAAUUCACGCUGCAAAGGAAAAUUUGUGUUGACUUCUUUGUGAGCGGGUAUUGUUUAGGGAAACUCAGAAGCUUUGAUACUGUUAACUGUUAACUAAAAGAUGAGUAUGAAGGAGGAGCCACCACCGUCGCUGCCUAAACUAAUGACACUUAAUAAGGGUCUUAAAUUGGCUGAACAGUGGGUUAAGAAUAUGACUGGAGAUGUGGAUGAGGUUGAAGAUGUCGAAUUGGAAGGCAGGCCUUCUAGGCUUGGUCUUGGAGCAAAAGUUCCACGUAAAUCUCACGUUGGACCUUUUAAUGAUCCUGUCGAAAGAAGAUUGCAUAAGAAGUUCGGUGCAGGGAGAAAGAGAUCGGCUGAUGAUGACGAUUCUGUUCCGUCUACAAAGAAUGAAAUAGAUAAUGAUGAGGAGGAUGACGAUGAAAAUUUAGACAGUAGAAGUAAUGCUUUUGCCAAAAAGAGAGCUGCUCCUCUCAACCCAACACCCCAAGCAAAGAAGAAAUUUAAGUAACUUGUGAUAAAUGUUAGCAUCAUGUUUUUAUCAUUAAUAACUUUCUUUUUUAAUGUAUUUCUCCAAUGAUAAUUCUUGAUGCACUCUUUGGUCAACUUGCAUGACCCUGUGGCCUCUAUGUUGGAGGUGAACAUGAGGAAAGUUUCCUGAUGGCCCUUUUGUAUGUGCUAAUGAGUGGUGCUAAUAGUCGUGAACUUUAGGUAGAUUUAUAAACUAAUUAUUUACUUAUGGUUGUCUA